UCCUCUUCAACUACAACGAUGCGCCCGGUUCUACGCCCAACGCCCACCAUCCCCCUGGUCUCUCCAGACGAUGAUUGGAAGGAUUUCUCUCUCGACAAGCGUCAGGAUCCCCCCGCUGUGACCGAUUGGAACCCUCGAUAUGCAUUGUUUGUUGGCGACAAUGACGAUGGUCAGGUGACGCUCAUUUUGCGGAACGCUGAAAGCGAUGAGCAAAUAGGCAAUUGGACACAACCGAACAAACUUGGCCGAUUUUCUCUUGCAGUCGACGAUAAAUGGUGGGAUAGACGCGCUGUUUCACUUUGGCAAGGCCAACCCCGAAACUGGACCUUUUACUGGCAGAUCAUCCCUUCAACACAUACUAUCAAUGGCGGAGAAGCCCGUCAACCGACUUUUGUGGUCGUUCAGACCGCCCUCCCCAAUUCAUACAUGUCUUCAUCAAGCGCCUCAUUGAUUUCAGAAUCCCUGGCAUCUGUUUCACGAUCAGAGGCUGCUGCAGAAUCUUCUUCGGUCCAAGCUGCACAACAAUCCAGAGACGCCGCACUGCAAAAUUCCCGAAACAGCUCAUCCUUUCCACCUUGGGCAAUUGCGCUUAUCGCUGUGCUCGGCGUAAUAUCAAUUGUCUCCAUUCUCACUCUGUUCUUUGUUCUCCUUCGUGGAGCAAGGCGAAGAAGAAAUGGCCAUAAGAGGACCUCAAUGGGCUCAGAAUCCCCUAUGAUGCAAGCCCCUGGAGAUCCCAUUUCCCCAACGGCCGCCAGUACCCAGGGUAUAGGUAACAGGGCAUCUAGUGUACUAUCGCCGCCCGUCCGAAAUGCUCCAUCAAUUCGAUAUAACGAUGGAGGUUCCAUAAAUUCGCGAUCGAUUUCCGGAGGCGAGGGAGUCAUCACGGGCUCGGACGCAGCCAUCAUGGCCGACGCGUUUCGAAAGGCGCUACGGAAACCCGAUUUUGCUGACCGACCUCAGGAAGAGGGGGAGAGUCCUGAACAAAACGGUGCGAAUGAAACAGAGGCAUUACUGCUCAAUAGAGAAUUGGCCGAAGAAGGCAAGAACAUCAGAAGCGUGAGCUCCGAGAGAGGGGUGAAGGUAGUCGACGAAGAUGACAAUCAUCGAUGA